AUGUCUCAACCACCCUCAGGCCUUGCAGGAGUUGCAGCCAAUGUCCCAAAGGGCAAAGGUAUCCGACGCGUCUCUGCAUCAUCUCCAGCUCCGUUAGCUCGUAAGCGAAUCCAUGACCGAGAGGCUCAAAGGGCCACCCGCAAGAGAACCAGAGAAUAUAUGGACCGGCUACAGCGCGAAGUGGAUGAGCUCAGAAGCAAAAGCUGUGCCGGAGCAAGCAUGCGCAACACGACCCUUGAACGGCUUUCUCAGCGUAACAGGGAUCUCGAGAAUGAGCUGGCUGAGCUCAAAAUGAGGUUGUCAUCUGCCAGUCCUCGACCCGGCAGACCGUUCGAGAUUGUGGCAGGCAUCCACAUCACUUCUCACGCUCACCGAUGCCACAGGAUGUUUGCAAAUGGGCUCUCGCUUCGCUAUAAUGGAGCGAAAACUGGAGUAAGCGCUUUCGAAGGUUUAAGAAGACCUCCACCAGAGGAGCGCAACAACGUUGCUGGAAGUGAAUAUGCAAACCAGCGUGGCUUUGAGCCACCUAGCAGAGGAAUUUGGGCCACAAUAUGCCUUGAUUAUCCUUCACACUUCCAACCAUUACCAGCAAAGUUUGUUUGA